UCCCACCGCAUGUUUUUUACUCACAAGUGCUAGUGAUAUAUUAAUAUAUACACAUAUACAAGUAGAGAGAACUGUAUUGGUGUUUUGGAAGUUUUGAUCGAGAUGGCAAGUUCUAAGGUGAUUGGCGUUGCAUUCUUAGUUUUGUUCUUUGUGGAGCUGUCCUUCGCCGCUAGAUUGCCCAAGGCGAGCAAUGGUGGUGGUGGUGGUGGGGAAGGAGGAGGAGGUGGUGGUGGUGGUGCGUCAGGUUCGGGGUAUGGUUCGGGGUAUGGCUCUGGGUAUGGCUCAGGGUAUGGUGGUUCCAAGGGAGGAGCUGGAGGUGGAGGUGAGGGUGGAGGUGGAGGCGGUGGCGGUGGGUCCGCUUCUGGUGGGGGUUCUGGUUCUGGGUAUGGGUCAGGAAGUGGAUCUGGCUAUGGGUCUGGUGGUGGAAAUGGCGGAGGUGGCGGUGGUGGGAGAGGCGGAGGAGGCGGUGGUGGCGGCGGCUCAGGUUCCGGAAGGGGAAGUGGUUCCGGGUAUGGGAGUGGGAGUGGCUCUGGAUACGGAAGUGGUAGUGGACGUGGAGGAGGUGGUGGUGGCGGUGGAGGAGGAGGUGGUGGCGGUGGAGGAGGUGGUUCUGGCUAUGGUCCUGGUAGCGGCUCUGGUUAUGGGUCGGGCUCCGGGUCUGGAUAUGGCAGCGGAGAAGGAGACUACGAACCAUGAACUCAUUUAUCCUCUUAUAAGCGGCAUUCAAUCUUUUUAGCAUUUGUAGUUUCGAAAUAAAUUACAACGGACCCUCUAGUGCACAGGAGAGUACCCAGGUCCGUAAUGAUCAAUGUUACAUUACAUAUGUAUACAAAAAAAAAAAAAAAAAAAAACUAUAUAUACAUGCAUGUGUGUGAUGUAUGUUUUGAGAUUAUGUUAUAUAUUGUAUUUUAAAUAAUGAUAAUAAAACAUCAUUUUUAUAUGAGUA